AUGGUCAUUGUGAAUAUGAUCUUGUUUGAAGCUAUGGCAGGAGGUGGAGAUUUUGAGGAGUUGCCAUUGCCACCAGGAUUGAGUCAGUAUGAGGACUACCACACCAUUGAUUGGCAAAGGGAUAUUGCGAGGGAUCGUAUGCGACAUAGGCAUAUCGUGAAAAAGAAACAAGACUCCAUCUGUGAUCUCAUCAAGGGGGCUCAUGAUGCUUGGUCUGGGUGGUUGUGUCUCCUUCUUGUUGGAAUUGCUGCUGGAGUGGUGGCAAGUGUGAUUGAUAUAGGAGCUGGCUGGAUGGUAGACCUCAGGGAAGGAAUUUGCCCACAGGCAUUUUGGCUUGAUCGACAACAGUGCUGCUGGGCCUCCAAUGAGACUUUCUUUGAUACCAUCUCUGGAGCACAUUGUUCCAAAUGGAUGCCAUGGUCUCAGCUGUUCACAAGUAAUUCUGCAGGAGCUGGAGCAACAUUUGUUCAGUUCUUAUUCUAUGUUGCUUUCUCCGUGAUGUUUGGGGCUCUGGCUGCUGUUCUUGUCAAGGUAUUUGCACCUUAUGCCUGUGGGUCUGGAAUCACUGAGAUCAAGACAAUCCUGAGCGGGUUCAUUAUUCGAGGUUACCUAGGGAAAUGGACUCUCCUCAUUAAGUCCGUUUGCCUCAUGCUUUCUGUUGCUGCUGGUCUUAGCCUUGGCAAAGAAGGACCUCUUGUCCAUGUGGCCUGCUGUAUUGGCAACAUAUUCUCAUACUUAUUCCCAAAGUAUGGUAAGAAUGAGGCAAAGAAGAGAGAGAUACUGUCAGCAGCAGCUGCAGCAGGUGUAUCUGUUGCCUUUGGUGCUCCAAUUGGUGGCGUCCUUUUCAGUCUGGAAGAGGUGAGCUAUUACUUUCCCCUGAAGACAUUGUGGCGGUCCUUUUUCUGUGCUCUGGUAGCUGCAUUUGUUCUCAACACCAUCAACCCAUUUGGAAAUCAGCAUUCAGUCCUCUUCUAUGUAGAAUACAACAAACCAUGGAUGUUUGUAGAACUUAUUCCAUUCAUAGGGCUCGGAAUCAUUGGGGGUGUCAUUGGUUCCCUAUUCAUCAAGGCAAACAUCUUUUGGAGCCGAUACAGGAUGAGAUCAAAGCUGGGACAAUAUCCAGUGGCUGAGGUCCUCAUUGUUACCCUUGUGACUGCCAUCCUCUCCUUCCCUAACCCUUAUACACGCAUGAGCAGGAGUCAGCUCAUUUAUGCCCUCUUCAGUCAAUGUGGACCAGCUGAUAAUCAUGACCUUUGCGAUUACAAGAGGAACUUCACAAGUGUGAACUUAGACAUGCAACUGGCAGAAGCUGGUGAUGGUGUGUAUCAGGCACUUUGGCAGCUCCCACUGGCUCUCCUCUUUACCCUGAUUGCUACGAUCUUCACAUUUGGAAUCAAGGUUCCGGCAGGGCUCUUCAUUCCUAGUCUGGCUAUGGGAGCCAUCAUGGGCCGCAUUGUGGGCAUUGCCAUGGAGCAGGUUGCCUACAAGAAUAGUGAGUCUUGGAUCUGGCAAGGAGAGUGUGCUAGCAAUUACUGUAUCACCCCAGGUUUAUAUGCCAUGGUGGGAGCAGCUGCCACUCUUGGAGGAGUCACUAGAAUGACAGUGAGUCUGGUGGUGAUCAUGUUUGAAUUAACGGGAGGAGUACGGUAUAUUGUCCCACUUAUGGCAGCUGCAAUGGCAUCCAAGUGGGUAGCAGAUGCCCUUGGGAAAGAGGGUAUUUAUGAUGCUCAUAUCAAACUCAAUGGUUACCCAUUUUUGGACAGUAAGGAAGAGUAUGCUCAUAUUGCCCUGGCUGCAGAUGUCAUGAAACCCAGAAACAAUGAGCCACUGUGUGUGUUGACCGAAAACUCAAUGACAGUAGCAGAAGUAGAAGAUAUUCUCAAAGAGACAGAUCACAAUGGCUUCCCUGUUGUUGUCUCCAAAGAGUCACAGUAUUUGGUUGGCUUUGUUACCCGACGGGAACUUCAUCUUGCUCUUGAGAAUGCAAGACAGGCAGUUGAUGGGAUGACAGGAGACUCCCUUGUAGUGUUUGGGACUUCCCUCCCAUCUCCAUGGGAUGGUCCUCCUCCUGUAAAGCUCAAGAUGAUCCUUGACAUGGCUCCUCCCACUGUCACAGAUCACACCCCCAUGGAGACUGUUAUUGACAUGUUCAGGAAACUGGGCAUCCGUCACACCCUUGUCACUCAUAAUGGGAGGCUCUUAGGAGUGAUAACCAAAAAGGAUGUCCUGCGUCACAUAGAAACCAUCAAAGAACGCUGAGUUACACUAGCUCAUAAAAUACAGGGAUAUUCUGGGAGGUGUCCAUGCACAUUCAUAAAGAAGAAUGAAUGUCUCAUGUUUCUCAUUCCAUGCAUAGUAUUCCUUAUAUUUAAUCUCCAGUCAUCAGUCAGAAUUACAUCACUCUGGAUGUGAUUGGUACAAACAGAAAGCUUGACUGGUGCUCUCCAGCAUUAUUGUGUCCAAAAUGUAAUGUGUUUGCAGAAGGAAAGAAGUUUCUGCAUGGAACUUUCAAGAAUCCAAUGCUCAGUGUGACAAUGCUUUUCUCUUGUGUUUUCCUUUUUCUUGGCCAUAGAGGGCAUAUGAUUAAGAUUGUCCAGGUUGUCUUUGAAAAACUGCUUUGAAGGACCUUUGGUUUAAGCCAAAGCCAAGGCUCUGUCCGUUCUUCCAGUGGUUGUCUGUUUUCUCAUUGGCCCUCUUUUCUGUCAAGUCAAUUUCAGCUCUUGAGUUAAACCUUCAACCUUGAGUCAUUUUUUCUUCUUUCUGAUAUAACCCAAAUUUGUUUCAAGCCCAAGAAAUGAGUUGUUAAAAAUUAUUUUGCUUAAUUAUGGGGAUUUAAAAAGGUGUGAACUGUGAUCUGGUCAUCCUCUCCCAUUUUUUGAUUGUUUUUGUGAUUGUUGGUCCCAAUUCUCAUCAGAUUAUUAUACCAUCAUGAAAAUAGAGGUGUUUGUAUUCA